GUCUGGCCUCCCUCUAAUAAUGCCCUGGUACAACGACCUCGGCGCUGAACCGCCCUUUGAGUUUAUCAAGCAAGUAUUCUCUCGACAGCCGAGCAAAAUACUACACACUUGUGUAUUUUUCCCUUGGACCGCCGGCUCUCUAAGCACCCUCUGGAAUGGUUUCUUUCAGGAGUCUUCUGAUGAAUGGAAUGCAAUGAUUUCCGAAUUUCGGGACGCGGUCCUACUUGUUGGCGAUAAGGGAGCAUACAUUUUGCACCUACAAAGUUCAAAACCCAUUAUUUCAAUCUCAUUGCCUGUUACACGCUCCUGUGAUUGACUAUAGUGCCUUUGGAUCCUUACAACCACUUACUCCAGUAUGUUAACAGUCAGGGCUCUUGCGACUGACGUUGUAAAUGUUGCCUGGGCUCUCAGUUCAGACAAGUGGCUUGAUCCGCUCGUAAUACUCUCAUAUCUUGGCCUGGUCUUUAUCUACGACGUCAAGAAGCACCAAAUAGUCAGUCAGCUUCGGGGACACGGUGCUCCAAUAACAUCCGUGGCCGUCCACCCAAAGUUGCCUCACCUUUUCUGUACCACCUCAAGAGACUUCUCAACACGAGUGUACGAUCUCACGCUGAAACCCAAACAGCGGCCGUCCAAUCCUCAUUGGCCUCCGAAUAAGCAACCUAGUCUGGCUGGACCCGCCCAUGGUCUAGACAUGAGCCAAGCAGAAGGACCCGCAGAUGGUAUAGGGCGAUGUGUUCUGGUUCUCAUGGGUGGCAGAUCUGGAGGACAUCAAGGUGAAGUGCUAGGAGCUGAUUUUCAUCCAAGGCAACCACUUUUAGCGACAUGUGGAGCGAGUCCUCGAAGCCUUGUUAUGGAUCGAUUCAUCAAAAUUUGGCACCUCCCACCCCAGCUAGUCCGACAUAAGACAUCCAAGAAUAGCGUCCCUCUGCUCCGACAGGACAAGCCUCUUUUCAGUAGUAGCAGACUGCAUAAAUCACGGGUCAUAUCUGUCUCAUGGCUAGAGGAUGAUAUGCUAAUAUCUCAUUGUGCGCCUGCCAUGAUGCGUGUGUACCCCGCUGCCAUAGGCAACAAGACCACGUACAACGAACCGGGGACCAUUGUCUUGUGGCGCUGGCUAAGUCUUAAUAGAUUUUUCCCUGCAACCAAGCCUCCAGAUCAAGAAGUUCUGCGUGGAUGCGCGUCGGACUAUCAACAAAGUGCUUCAUUCAAAAUUUUAUCUGUCUACUCCAUCACGGAGUGUCUAGAACUUUACAACCCACCACGGCUUUCUAUUUUCAGGAGUGAAAAACAUAGUCCAUUCGUAUUGUUCACACGCCCAAAAUCGAACACCAUCACCAUGUAUAAUGUUUCCCAUUUCGACCCCCGCAAUGUGCCGCCAUAUACCUGGGAUGAGGAUGAGGUAGCUGAACUUACGGAGAGGAUGCAGUUGACGGAUGAAGAUGUGAUUGCACGCCGUGUUAAGGAGCAACCACCAGGUCCAGAAGGGUGGGAAGUAAUGCUCCAGGAAUGUAAUCGUACAGUUCCUGGAGUUGUCAAUGAUAUGAAGGAGACCCUUGUGUCCUGUUCGAUGGGGUUUGGAGGUCGGGUUAUUGUAGGAACGGGAUCACUGGGUAGUAUAUGGAUAUGGCGCAGGAAUCAUUUUUAGUUGACCUUUGCAACAUUGGACAUGCACGCUGAUAUAUGACACUUCAAGAUUUGAAAGGUAAAAGUAUGAUUGUAAAUACGCUAUCUACAUUCACGUAUUGAAAAAAGUCCUGUACCGCCAGCGCACCUCCUUU